CGCUAUUAGAGUAGAGAAAAUACAGAGACUUAAAGCAACGUCGAAUCGAACCACGAGGUGUCGCCAGUGUUUGUUUAUGGAAACUUCAAACAUUCUGUGUCGUAUCGAUAGAAACAGAAUUUAUUUUGAAUUAGCUCCGAUCGAAGGUGCUAACUACAGAGAAACUACUUAUUACUUGAUAGUCAUGGAAAAGUUGGCAAAGCCACAAAUAAUUUGUCAUAUUGAAAAGUCCGUUAACUAUUCUCUGUUCGAUGCGAAAUGGAUACCGUGCAGCGCGAAAUUUGUGGUUAUGGGCUCACGGCCUCGUGGUUCCGGUAUCAUUCAGAUCUACGAGGUGUCCAGUGGCGAAUUGAAACUAAUCAAAGACAUUGAACGUUCAAAUGCUAUGAAAUGCGGAACUUUCAAAGCUUCUAGCCUUCGGGAUAGACAUUUGGCGACUGGAGAUUUUAAGGGUAGACUGAACAUUUAUAAUCUUGAGGAUCCUUCGAUUCCGAUAUAUACGGCGAACGCACAUAAAGAAAUAAUAAACAGCAUCGAUGGCGUAGCUGGACAGAGCGUGGGUUGUGGAGCUCCGGAAUUAGUGACAGGAUCACGAGAUGGGAGUGUCAAGGUGUGGGAUCCAAGACAAAAGGGCAAACCGGUGGCAGUAAUGGAGCCAAAGGAGGGUGAAGUGCGUAGAGACUGUUGGACGGUGGCUUUUGGAAAUUCCUAUAAUUCCGAAGAGAGGGUGGUAGCCGCUGGUUACGACAACGGAGAUGUCAAAAUGUUUGACUUGAGAGCAAUGACGCUGAGAUGGGAGAGUAAUUUGAAAAAUGGUGUGUGCUCGUUGGAAUUUGAUAGAAAAGACAUAGCCAUGAAUAAGUUAGUCGCCACGACAUUGGAAUCCAAAUAUUAUUUGUUCGAUUUGAAGACUCAGCAUCCAAAGAAAGGUUUUGCUUACCUGACGGAAAAGGCACACAAGUCGACAGUAUGGCUGGUACGACACUUACCGCAAAACCGAGAGAUAUUCAUGACCUGCGGCGGUGGAGGUUCUUUGUGUCUUUGGAAAUACAAUUACCCUGAAAGAAGAAAGCAAACUGAUGCUGAUGGUCUGGAGCAUGGUGUCGUGGGGAGUGUCAGUCUCCUUCAAAAUAGUACCUUAUCUUCUCAGCCGGUUAGUUCCUUAGACUGGAGUCCUGACAAGCAAGGAUUGGCAGUGUGCACGGCAUUCGAUCAGUGUCUUCGUGUAAUAAUUACAACAAAGCUUAAUACAAUUUAAAGAUAUGUAAAAUGGAAGCGUACAUAGUGAUGUAUACUAUAUUGCCUCAAUUGUAAUAUAAUAAUUUAAAAGGCACGCAUAUCUUGUAUGUAUUAAAAACUAAGCCUACCUAUAAAAUCUUUACAUCAUUUCUAA